AAAAUAACAAAAACCAAAACAAACAAACAAAUCGAAGUCCAACAAGGACAACAACGAACGAGUACGCGUGCCUGUACAUUAGAACUAAUACCCAUUGGAUUUCCAUUUCCCAAUUCAAUUCGUCUUUCCCUUUCUCUUUAUAUGUUGUAAACCAUUUCAAUCUUUCUACUUACUGUUUCGUUUUCGAUUUCAAUUUCAUGGGUCUUCGGUUUUCUUCCUUUUUAUCUUACUCAACCGCUUCUUCCGGUCCCACUCUCGGUGAUUUACCGGAGAGUUGCGUCGCUUCCAUUAUCGGGUAUAUGGAUCCUCCUCAGAUCUGUCAACUUGCGACAUUGAAUCGAGCUUUUAACGCUGCUUCUUCUGCUGAUUUUGUUUGGGAAUCGAAAUUGCCGACUAAUUAUCAUCUUAUCCUCAACAAAAUCUUCGAUGGUUUUUGUAUUGAUUUGGGUAAACGUGAUAUUUAUGUUUCGCUUUGUCGUCUCAAUGAUCUUGACAAAGGCACUAAGAAAGUUUGGCUUGAUAGAGGGAGUGGUAAGCUUUGUUUGGCUAUAUCAGCUAAUAAGGGACUAUCGAUAACUGGGGUUGAUGAUAGGAGAUAUUGGAAUCAUAUUCUUACUGAAGAAUCUAGAUUCAGUACUGUCGCAUACCUUCAGCAUACUUGGUGGUUUGAAGUGGAGGGGGAAGUUGACUUUCCAUUUCCAGCUGGGACAUACAGCUUAUUCUUCAGAGUACACCUUGGGCGAGCCCACAAGAGGUUUGGACGUCGGGUCUGCAACACUGAACACGUUCAUGGGUGGGACAAAAAGCCUGUGCAAUUCCAAAUUUGGACUUCUGAUGGGCAAUACGUUGCCUCCCAAUGUUUUCUGAUAGGACCUGGCAAUUGGACUUUUUACCAUGCAGGCGAUUUCACUGUUGCAGAUGGAAAUUCAUCAACCAAAGUCAAGUUCUCUAUGACUCAAAUUGAUUGCACACACACUAAAGGUGGUCUCUGCUUGGAUUCUGCUUUUAUUUACCCAAGCGAAUUCAAAAAGAGUAAGGCAUUUUUAAAUUGCUCCUGACCAUUUCAGGCAGAAAAAUUGUACAUCAUAUCUGUGUCUAGUAUGUAUAGAACUUAGGUUAGAGAAUCAAGUUUUUAUAUGAUUCUUUAGGAUUAGAGUUUUGUUGGAGCUAGGAGGGAGUUAAGAUGUGCAAUUUGAGUCAUUUCAUUUGUUAGUUAGAAUGGAUUGUCCUGCCAUGUUUUUGUAUGGUAUAUUUAUUAUUGAGAAAGUUGUAUGUUUGGGGAAGAUUGAAUGUUUGCGACCAUUUUGAUGACAUUGAAACUCAAACCUGCAAUUUUCCUUGCUGGAUUUCUUUAUAGAUUGUGACAGAUUUUGUAAAA